AGGGAUGAACAAUGGGCAAUCACUCUGGCACUCUCAGUCACCCAAAACUCCGACCACGAUGCUGGAUCGCGCGCUCUCCUCUCGCCGUCCUCACUCCGACGCCGAUCUCUCUGAAUCCGGUGAAUCCGGCACCGACGAAUCUAAGACCAAGCGGCCACACAUCUACCUCCUCGCCUCCAAUUUCCUCUCUCGGAUCGGACACCAGUGGUGGCCUUGCCUCAUCCUCGCUCUCCUCUUCCUCGUCCUUCUCUUCCUCAUCUCUCUGGCUUUCCACUCUAGCAGCUUCGUCUGCAUCUCCCGUUUCGAUCCCGCCGCUCGGAUCGGGUUCUUCGGCUUCGACGGCCUCGAAUCGGACUUUGGAGCCUUAGGCAGAUCGAAACAUGGAAAAGAAGUUGAGUGGACCUCCAAGGACUUACUCAAGGGCCUAGAAGAGUUUGUGCCGAUAUACGAAACACGGCCAAUAAAGAACAACAUGCACGGGAUGGGUUUUGAUCACAGCUUCGGGCUAUGGUUCAUGGCACGUCGGCUAAAGCCUGAGCUGAUGAUUGAGAGUGGUGCUUUCAAGGGGCAUUCCACUUGGGUUAUGCGGCAGGCGAUGCCAGACACACCGAUUAUCUCACUAACUCCAAGGCACCCGGAGAAGUACCUAAGAAAGGGACCUGCCUAUGUGGAUGGAAACUGCACAUACUUUGCAGGCAAAGAUUUUGUUGAUUUCGGAAGUGUUGAUUGGAAGAACGUGAUGAGAAAACACGGAAUCGCAGAUCUCAGCCGCGUUCUUGUCUUCUUCGAUGACCAUCAGAAUGAACUCAAAAGGAUAAAGCAGGCAUUGAAGGCGGGUUUUCAACAUCUCAUUUUCGAGGAUAACUACGAUACAGGAACAGGGGAUCACUAUUCCCUGAGACAGAUAUGUGAUCAGUCAUAUAUAAAAGGUGGCGGACACAGCUGUUUCAAAGACAGCGAUGAAGCGAGGAUUAGAUCAAAGAGGAAGAAGUUCUGGGAAAAGGCACUUGAUACAGAGGAACUGUGCGGGCCAGGUGAAGCAUGGUGGGGAGUUAGAGGAGAAAUGAGAGAUGACUUCAACCACAGUAACACACUGAUCUCAUACAACCAGCAUUUUCAAAACAGUCGGUACGUUGAAUCGGUUCUAGAUGUCUAUUGGGAGCUGCCUCCGGUUGCAGGACCUUCGUUGACCCAUCAGUCGCGGUAUGACCCUGCUCGUUCGACUCCACCGGUCGUGGAAGAUGGUAGGCACCGUUUGUUCCAACGGCUCGGUUUAGGUCGGCUCGAUAAGUCUGUGUUCAAUGGCUACACUCAAAUGGUUUACCUUCAGAUAUCUAAGCCCGGCAAUUUCGUGUACUGCAAAAGCAUUUUCAUCGUCUGUACUGUGGGAACCAUGGCGGAGAGAUGGACGAACACGGCUCUACUCGUGAUCGAUAUGCAGAAUGAUUUCGUCGGGGAAGGUUCUGUGAUGCAAGUGAAAUUCGGAAAAUCCAUAGUUCCUAAUGUUAUUAGAGCCGUCGAACUCGCGAGGCAGCGUGGCAUUCUCGUUAUUUGGGUUGUUCGAGAACACGAUCCUAAAGGAAGAGAUGUUGAGCUAUUCAGGCGCCAUCUCUACAACUCUGAGAAAGCCGGACCAGUUGUUAAAGGAACCGUGGGUGCAGAACUGGUAGAUGGAUUGUUCAUCAGAGAAGAAGAAGACUAUAAGAUAGUGAAAACCCGUUUCAGCGCCUUCUUUAGUACCAAUCUUCAUUCCUUCUUGCAAACGUCUGGUGUUACCAACUUAGUGAUUGCUGGUGUUCAAACGCCGAAUUGUAUCCGGCAAACGGCGUUUGAGGCAGUGGAGCUGGAUUAUCCAAAUGUGACUGUUAUUACAGAUGCCACAGCUGCUGCAACACCAGAGAUUCAUACCGCGAAUAUUCUGGAUAUGAAGAAUGUCGGCGUCAAGACUCCUACAUUACACGAGUGGUCCGAAGAAUUUGCU